AUGGCAUCCUCAGCGGCUUCUAUGCCGUUUAUCAAAAACCUCGCCUCCAGCGACCGCAGGACGCGCACACAGUCGCUCGACACGCUCAAGGCAUUUCUGUCGACAAAGUAUGCCGGCCCUUCGACGUCGGUGCCGCUCAGCUUCCUCGACGCACAUAAGCUGUGGACCGGCCUGUUUUAUGCGCUCUGGAUGGCGGACCGAGCGCCAGUGCAGCAGCGGCUGUGCGACGAGUUGGCGGGGCUGCCGGCAGCCGUAGGGCUAGCAGACGCCUCGACGGUGGCGUGGCUGCGGGGGUUCUGGGCCAUCAUGGCGCAGCGGUGGACGACGGGCAUCGAUGUGCUGCGGAUGGACAAAUUCCUGCUGUUGGUGCGGCGGGUGUUGGCGGCACAGCUAGCAUGGAUGGCAGGCAGCGUGGGAGGGGAGAAGAAGAAGCAGAAGAAGACACAGGCGAAAGCGGCGGCUGUGCAGUCGCUGGCGGCCGAGACGGCAGGUCUGUCGGUGCUGCAGGACUGGCCGCUAAACCCAGAGGCAGAGACGCCGGUGGACGACGGCCAGGAUGAGGACCAAUUGGAAGAUGGCGGCGAGAAGCGAUGGACGCGGAAGCGGGUGCAGGCGACGGUGCGCAUCCCCGUUGGCUUGGCGAUGCACGUGCUGGACAUCUGGGUGGACGAGGCCGAGAAGCUGGGGCUGCUGGCCGAGGCUGAGGCGACAGAGGCGACAGAAGCGAGCGAUGCAGCCGGCCGGCCAUCUCUGGUCCGCAACGUCAAUGCGCUGGUCGAGACGCUGGCAGCGCAGACGAGGUCGCCAGCCGUUCGCAAGCACGCGCGCGAGGCCUUGACCGACGAGCGGCUGCCGUGGAACGAGAAAGCCGAGGAGAGCGCGGACGAGGCCAACAGCGACGAGGACGAGGACAUGGCAGACAACGGAAGCUGGGACGGGUUCGAGUGA